GGAUCCCUAAAUCAAACCCUCUCCAAACUCAGAGGACAGCCUUGGUGUAGAAGAGGAGCGUCUCGAGGAUCACCGCAACUGUUACCAUGGCACCAGCGGGAGCUAAGAAGAACAUUCUGGAGCGUCUGGAUGGAGGUGAGAUUGUCAUUGGAGAUGGAGGCUUUGUCUUCGCUCUUGAGAAGAGGGGCUAUGUCAAGGCUGGACCCUGGACUCCGGAGGCCGCCGCCGAGAACCCGGAGGCUGUGAGACAGCUGCACCGCGAAUUCCUGAGGGCGGGGUCAAAUGUCAUGCAGACGUUUACCUUCUAUGCCAGCGAUGACAAGCUCGAGAACAGGGGCAAUUCUCCACGCUUUACAGGACAGCAGAUCAACGAGGCCGCUUGUGACCUGGCCAGGGAGGUUGCUAACGAGGGCGACGCCAUGGUUGCCGGGGGCGUAUCCCAGACGCCCUCAUACCUCAGCUGCAAGAGCGAGACGGAGGUGAAGGCCAUCUUCAAGAAGCAGAUCGACGUGUUCAUCAAGAAGAACGUCGACUUCAUGGUUGCAGAGUACUUUGAGCACGUGGAGGAGGCAGAAUGGGCCGUCCAGGUGCUGAAAAGCUCUGGGAAGCCAGUGGCUGCCACUCUGUGCAUCGGACCCGACGGCGACCUUAAUGGAGUCAGCCCUGGAGACUGUGCCGUUAGACUGGUCAGAGCAGGAGCGCAGAUUGUGGGGGUCAACUGCCACUUUGACCCCAUGACCUGUGUGAAGACUGUGAGGAUGAUGAAGGAGGGAGUGGAGCGUGCUGGGCUGAAGGCUCACUACAUGGUGCAGCCUCUGGCCUACCACACCCCCGACUGCAACUGCCAGGGGUUCAUCGAUCUGCCUGAGUUCCCCUUUGCUCUGGAGCCCAGAAUUCUGACCCGUUGGGACAUGCACAUGUACGCCAGAGAGGCUUACAACACUGGCAUCCGUUACAUUGGGGGCUGCUGCGGGUUCGAGCCCUACCACAUCCGGGCCGUGGCCGAGGAGCUGGCGCCAGAGAGGGGUUACCUUCCUGCCGCCUCCGAGAAGCAUGGCAACUGGGGCGCAGGCCUGGAGAUGCACACUAAGCCCUGGGUCAGAGCCAGGUCCCGUCGUGACUACUGGGAGAAGCUGAAGCCAGCGUCCGGCCGCCCCAAGUGUCCCUCCAUGGCUACUCCAGACAGCUGGGGGGUCACCAAGGGCCAUGCUGACCUGAUGCAGCAGAAGGAGGCGACCAGCCAGGAGCAGCUGAAGCCCCUCUUCGACAAAGCUAAGGCCAGCCACUAAGCACUCCUCUUGGGCAUCGGGAGGACCCCUGGAGGGGGGAGAGAAGGAUGGCCAGCCAGACUGAAUCUGGUCUCUUUUUCCAAUCCUCCAAGGUGUGUAGUGUGAGUAGAGAAUGGAGGAUUACAGCUCACACACAUUCCCUUAAUAAGUUUACAAAACUGAAGUCAUUAGAUAAGUCUUUGUUUUACUUUCUAGGACCAUUUCUUUUUCUGUGAAUGACAUUUUGUUCAGAUUCAUAGCAUCUUCCAUAGAUUUGCCAAAACCUUAUACAUAUUGUGAUACUUUUCUGAGUACAACAUAGUUCCAUGUUCAAUCAAGCAAUAACCCAUGAAUAGUACUAUUCAAACAAAGAUACUCCCCAAGUGAAGCUUACCUCUGGAGUGUGUUAUCAAUAUAAUGAUAUUUUAAUACAGAAAGCUUAGAGCACGUUAACCAUAACUACUGUGACCACAAAGCUCCAAGAGCUUUUAAGAACAUAAAAAGUAUUUUCUUGAACACUCCAAAACAUGCCAAAAAGUGCCAAAUAUUUUUUACCAAUGGAAGUACAGUUGAUUAAAUCAAUAAACCUCCACUUGUGCUUCAA